AUGGCCACACCACCUUCUAAGCGCCAAAAGCGCGAGGAAUAUCGCCGUAACCUCCAAAAUCAAUACCAAGCGCACCAGUCCCCCAAUGUCGAGGUCGCCGAGAUCAAGAUGCCGCAGAAGAGGUUCUUCCGGCAGCGCGCGCAUGCGAAUCCUUUCUCCGAUCACCACCUUGAAUAUCCUAUCAGUCCGGCGCAUAUGGACUGGUCCUCACAUUACCCCGCCUUCCUAGAUCCAGAUACAUCAAAGACAAACCUCGCCGGUGCGCGCAAGCUCUUGAAGGAUGUCGAGGUGGUGGAUAUUGGGUGUGGAUUUGGCGGAUUGCUUGUUGGAUUGGCACCUCUGUUGCCCGAGACAUUGAUGGUCGGAAUGGAAAUCCGCACGUCAGUCCUCGAAUACGUCACAUCACGCAUCCACGCCCUGCGCAUGCAACAGCAAAAGCUCAAGAGCGCCGCCGCCGGAACAGGGACCACAACGCAAGACUCAGAUAAUGCCGCCGAACAACCUGCCCUCGAAGACGAAGUCGGCAACACGACGGCCGUGGUUCCAGGAAACUACGAGAAUAUCAGCGGCAUCCGCGCGAACACGAUGAAGUUCCUUCCCAACUUCUUCGACCACCAGCAGCUCUCCAAGAUCUUCGUCUGCUUCCCGGACCCGCAUUUCAAGGCUCGCAAGCACAAGGCGCGCAUUGUUUCUGAGUCACUGAAUGCCGAGUACGCCUAUGUUCUUCGGCCUGGUGGUCUGAUGUACACUAUCACCGACGUGGAGGAGUAUCACUACUGGGUUCUGCGGCAUUUCGAAUACCAGUCUGAAGAAGAGAAAGCUAAGGGUGGUGUUAAGGACCUCUGGGAGCGACUUACGGAUGAGGAGUUGGCUGCUGAUCCCUGUGUGCAUGUGAUGAGCGUUGAGACUGAGGAGUCGAAGAAGGUCUCGCGCAACAAUGGCAAUAAGUACGUCGCCGUGUUCCGACGCAAGGCUGAUCCUGAGUGGUCUACGUGA